AUGCUGGGCUCGAUAGCAUCGUCUCCAUCUUCUUCUCCUGCUCCUUCGUGCGGCACCCCCUUCACGCGCUCUUCUUCUGCUUCAUCCCUCUCCAUCUCCAUAUCGGCGUCGGGUGUGGUGAGCACCACUACUUCGCCCUACCAGCGACCCUACUCCUACUCCACCCACACAUCGCCGUUCUCCUCUUCCCCUCCUCUGUCAGUUCUUCAUUCUUCCUCUACAACACAUCCUUCAUCCUCUACAACACGUUACGGCAACAUCGCCUCGCUCCCGCAGUCAUUUCCACCUCGCCGGCACAGCAGCAGCAGCCUCUUCAACUUCGGCACUGACCCCAAGCAUGACCUUCUCCACAAGGGCAUCAAGAGCCCUCGAUCCCACAAGAAUCGUCAUCGAGGGAAGCUGGGGGCGGGCGCAUGGCGAAAUCUGAAGGAAUUGCUGGAACGGCCACGAGAGAUCACCUCCAAGCCGGGCGCGUCGCAUCGAUACGACCGCGAAAUCAAGAUCAGCUGCUCUAUCAAGACCCUCCUCACAAAGCUAGAAGAGAAGUUUCGGUUGUUCCAGCUCAUCGUGCGGCCAGAGGGCAUUCGAUUGACCGGCGGCGGUGCCUCGUGCGUCCUCUCGCUCGGCAACGAGAGCCAGCUGAACGAUCUCGAUCUCACCUUCUACCUCGACGACGAUCGGCGCGGUAGCCACAAUUUCGCCGAUGUGCUGCUCUGCGAGGAGGAAGUGCUCUCUGAGCUCGUCGAAGAGCAGCUGGGCAUUCGCCUUUCGCUCUUCGAGAUCUACCAGCUCUUCUUUCGCGAGAGCUUCCGGAUAGGUGAGAAGCACGAAGCAUGGUCCCUCUUCCGGUGUGGCAGCGAUUCGCUCGGCAUCGACAUUCGAGUCGUCGAGCGAAAUCGACGUAACUUCGUCUUCUCGAUCGAUUCCUUCGAAAUCAUCCUCGAUCCCAUGCUCAAGGACACCACCGCCGGCGAUGACGAUGUCACUCCCGAUCCGGAUGAGGCAGGAGGCGAGAACGGAGGCUACUCUGUCGAUGCGGGAUGGAUCGAUAUGGCGGCGAGUAGCGGCGAGCACACAUCUUCGCCGAAGAGGAAGAGCGGCCUCACGAAGAGUGGCGGCAGCGGGACGUCGAUGUCAACGUCGACCUCGACGACGAAGGCGAGUCGAACCGAGGUGGAGGUGGAGUGCAACUACGGCGACUUCAAAGAGGCGUGCAUCCACCUCCACACGAAGCAGCUCCGAACCUGGGACCCCGGGUCGGUGCGCCGCGGCCUCUUCCGCUACUGUCUCGAGCUGGCCAAGGGCAAUCGACCGUCGGACGAGGACAAGCAGCGGCUCGAGGCCAUCUUCGUCGAGGAGCUCUACCACGAGUUCGCUGCGUGGACGAACGACGGCGACGAGUUCCAGCGCAGCAUCCACAAGUUCCUCCACACGCACCAGCGGCACGGCUUCCAGUUGCUCACCCAUCUCCACACCACCCUGCGCAACAUCGAGCCGCCGCCCACCGUCACCUCCAGCCUCCAGCAGAAGAUGAUCGCCGUCAUCGAGGAGACUAUGAUUAUUUAUUACAUGUAA